GAUCGCAUAAGAAACAAAACCGGAGAGAACCGUUUGAACCGCCCGGUUUGGAUUAAAACCAGCAAACCGGCGAUUUUGUGAAACCCGGCUGGUUCGGAAAUCUCUCCUUUUUUUUUUCUUUUCUUACCGAAAACGCUGUCGUUUGUUUCUUUAAAAAAAAAAUAGAGAAAAAGCCCUAACCCUGCCUAAACGGCUACCCCAAUCCCCAGUGACCCCUGGACCUGGAGGCUGGAGCUCUAGAAGCCUCUCUUCCUCACCUCAUCACACCAACAAUCUCGAGUCUCAACUUCUCGAGUCUCUUCCUCCCCUCAUCACACCAACACUCUCUUCCUCGCAGUCUCUCUUAGUCUCGAAGACUCUCUUCCUCUGCUUCGUCUCGCCGGCUUCACAGUGUGUCCGAGUACGUCGGGUUCGUGGCUCCGCGUCUCUCGUCAUUGUCGUCGCGUCUCCUGCGUCGCUGCUGUGGUGCUACCUCUCCGUCGCGUCUCCUCCGUCGCUGCUGCGGUGCUGUCUCUCCGUCGCCGGAAUCUGCCUCAUCCAGAAAAAGAAAACCACGUUUCAAAAUUGACAACGGGCCUCCACAUGGGCUGUCCAGCUAGCUAGGCCUGGAUUAGAGCAUCAUCCCUUUUCACUUCUUACCCGACGUUGUAAAGUAACCUUCCUCUCCAACCAGUGCUUUUGUAGAUUAACAUCAGAUUCUUAAAUUGUGUGUUUUCAGUAACCCUAGAAGAAUUGGAGUUCAAAGGUGUCAUGGAACCAUCACCAUCAAUGCGAUACAAUCUGCGAUCUCGUGGUCGUAUAAUCGGCAACCGCCUCUUGAGGUUACGCCGAGGAGUUCCAGUCUAUAAUAGCUCCGCAAAACAUCAUCACCAGUCUUGUCAAAAGCCUUGUAAUCCCUCCGUUAAUAAAGUACGAAAGCCUUGUGGACCCUCAAUACUUAGAGGCACUGAUGACGAACUAGGAAAUCAAAGGCCACAUCAUUGUAAGAUUAGAAAAGAAAAACGGAGACAAAGUAGAUUAUGUUUUAUGGAGAAGUAUCGACCUUAUCCAUUUGUGGCAAUGCAACACUACAACAGAAUGCUAAAAGAGGAAGAACAGUACAAAGUUUAUGAUCGUGGAGAUGGGAUUAUGACAGCUUACAAAAAAGUUGGUGUUUUUCAUCAACUGCACAUUUUGGGUGUGCCAAAAUCUUUUGAAUACAUGCAGAACUCAUCGGAUGAUGAUGUUCCUGUUAAGCACUUUUAUGCCCGGAUCCAUGAAGCACCCAAAAAGAAUACUCAUGUAGAUUACUGUGAGCCUUUUGAAGGAGAAGGACCUCCAUUGAGAGGUUUGGAUACUAGCCGAAUUGUUCCCUUGUGCUGUAAAUCUUGUGGUCUUGCAAAUGGGAAUGCUAUCAAGUCAAGAUCAUUAGAAUUGAGCAAGCAAGCUAAAGCUGAUGGAGAAGAUUCGGAUUCAGACUACUGGGAUGGUUACUCGGACCCUAAUGCCCCUAAAAAAGAAAUCAGAUCAGCAUUAGCAGAAUUUAGGAGAAGGCGUUGAACCUAUCUUAGAAGACUUUAAGGACCAAUGUCCGAUCUUGAAAGCACUUCAGGGUUAACCAAAAUCUCAAGUCGGCACACUCAUCUUUGUCUCGAUCUUUACCGGCCUUACACUUCUUGAAUAUUCUACUUUAAUUUUUUUUUUAUGUAGAAUUCGACUUUUUAUAGUGCGGUCUUCUUUAUUUUUAGUAUUGAGAAUUUUCUGUUAAGACUCCAUAAACAAUUAAUGAAAACCUCUUUUAUUCAUACCAGAA